CACUGGCUCCAGCAUUCGUCUAAACCUAAGGACCUAGCGACAGACAGCCUGCGGCUGUAAGUCACAAACACCUUUCUAAGUGAGAAGACAAGAAGACCUGUGGGAAGUUACCUCUCCGGUUUCAAGUUCCGGUGGAGACACUAAGGUAUAGAAAUAGCCACCUGCCACCUGACCUGAAGGAGGACAGCCUCAAACAGGUCCGUCAUGUGCAGCACCAGCACGUGUGACCUGGAAGAUGUGCCCCUGGACGAUGAUGAUCCAGACAGCAUAGAAUUCAAAAUCCUGGCAUUCUAUGCCAAACACUAUGUCUUCAAGGGCCCCCCUGCUGUCUUCUCACCCAAGAGGCAGAGAAAAAGAACCUUGUCCCAGCAGGGGCUGGGGAAUUGGUCAGCUGAGUCAUGGACACAGGUGUUGCGGUCUGCCAGAGGUUCCUCAUCCAGUGAGAAGCACAUAAACCUGGGCAAGAAAAAGUAUUCUUGGAGGUCAAUAUUUGGAGUAACAGAGAAGGAGGAAGAGCCAACAAGCUCACCAAAGGAGACCCAUCGUCAGGGACUAGUGCAAGCUCAGGGACUAGUGGAAUUUCAGGGUCCAUGCCCCAGUGAACAGGGGUCCAGGUCCAUUUCCAACGUGGCACAGCAUGUGGAAAAUGAAGCUGUGGACCCCCGAGUUGCUUCCAUUGCCAACCGAGUAUCUGAAAUCGUUUAUUCCUGGCCACCACUAGAAGAGACCCAGGGAAGAUCCUUGAAGUUCAAAGAGACUUUUCUAUCAGGAUUCCUGGUUGAAAACUCAGAAUCUAGAGCUACAACUUCUAAGAAAGAUGGACAAGAAGAAUUAAUAGCCAAAAUUGUUGAACUGCUGAAAUGUUCAGGGGACCUGUUGGAAAAAGAGUUGAAGAAAGACAAAGACUUGAUGAGAAACUUCCAAGAUGGGCUGUCCUACACUGUUUUCAAGACCAUCACAGACCAGUUCCUACAGGGUGUGGAUACCAGAGGGGAAUCAGAAGUCAAAGCCCAGAGCUUCAAAACUGCCCUUGCAAUAGAUGCCAUGGUCAAGCUCACAGCAAUUGACAAUCACCCAAUGAACAGGGUUCUGGGCUUUGGAGCCAAGUACCUGAAAGAGAACUUCUCACCCUGGAUCCAACAGCAUGGUGGAUGGGAAAAAAUACUCGGGAUAUCACAUGAAGAAGUAGACUGAAAUAUCAUCUGGAAUACUCAUUGUCGUGUGGUGAUUCUGUGUACGUGGAUCUCAGCACAGACUGGGAGAGAAAAUUCAGAGGCGAAAGGCAAAUGAAGGUCUGUGACUCAAGAGGCAUCAGAAGAAUCUUGCUCUUCUCCAGCUCAGGGGACAUAGUAGCACUGCUUUUCACACUGAUGUUUUCAGGUCCUCUGCUGAGCGUGUGAAGAAGUCUAUGAUGAUUAGUGGUAAUUUUGUUUUCCAAUGGAAACCAUCCGCCUGCCUCUAUUAACUACAUUAGAGGAGGUAUAUUACCGAUGGCUGUUGACCUCAUGAGAGUGAAAUGAUAAAUUGAGCCUGUGUUUAUUGUUUUAGUCUCUAGGACUAUUUGUUUUUAAAAUACACUUUGGAUGGUCUAAUAAUGACAUUAUUUCCAGCCUACCCUUAGAAAUAUAUUGCUAUUCAUGUCAGUUAACACAGCCUAAAGAAACUCUGAAAUUUAUUGCUACAUCCACUAGUUUGGAAAGUUACAGUUGUAUCUUCUUGACCCAUUUCUUUGUUCACAGUUUGAAAAAUUUCCAUUUGGUACAAAACCACAACUCCUAUCACCUUCAUUUUUGUCCUGGAUGACUCACCUUUGCAAGUUCUCUGUGACUUCCUUUAUUGUUCUUUGUGGUGGUGUAAUGAUGGGUAUCUAGUACAAUAAAUACAUUGAAGCACUCCUGUUAA